GUGACUUUGGGUUGGCGUCAUUUCACUCCAGUUCGUUUGGAAGUCAUACCACAGGAGUUGGUACUCGUCAAUACAUGGCACCCGAAUUCACCGGAAUUGAGUAUUUACUCUGAAUAUGAAAUAUACGACAAAUUCAUAAAAUUGGAUCAAAUCAUAGACUCGAUGUGUGUUCCCGUUCAUAGCACUCGACCCGAGUCCUCACAACAAAAUACUAUGGAAUGGAAGAACAGUUAA